CGCAGGACUGUCAUGGCUGAAGAGUUUUGAGAUCCGAGCAAGAUGGUCCGCUGUAAAAUCAAGUUAUUCCCGCUCGUUUUCGCUUUAAUCCUCAUAUCCGGCCGUGUUAUCGACGCCCGGAAGCACAAGCUCGAUCUGAAGAAUGACAGUCGCAGAUACUUCCCCAUCAGCACCUUCGGCUUCUACCGCAACGGCUACCUGGACGUGAAGGUGGACAAGUUUAAGAUCACGCCCGAGAAUGCGGACAAAAAGUUCGGCUUCAGCCUGGAGAAGACGGCCAACCCCUACACGGACAACCACCCAGAGCAGUGCCAGCUGAACAACUUCAAGGACAACGACUCCGCAGUCCAGCAUGUGUUCUUCAUCUUCGAUCUGGCCAACAAGCAGGUCUACUUGAACUGCAGUUCUGACAUGACGCUGCUUCAUGUCUUAAAAGGCAAGGACGUCCUCCAGAACUCGGAAACGCUUCAACUCCUGCGUUUGACGGACACCAAUCUCUUUGCUUCCCAUAAACAGAAGCGAGCAACAUGGGCAAGGAGCAAGAGAGACACAGAGGGCGAGGUGAAGACAGUUCCGGUCAAGGACGGAACCAGCACCAUGAGACCGGGAAAUCGCGAGGUGCUCAAGCAGGAGUGCAAUGACGUGAAAAUCAACAUGACUUACGAAAACGGCUUUUACAGCUUCAAGUUUCUGGUGUACGUGGCCCUGGAGAAGGAGGAGGGGCUGUACAACCUCAAUUUCCACAACUGCAUGAACUACCCCCCUGGUGCUGGAUACUCCAAGAUCGACAUGGCUUUGCAGAUCGAGGAAGUGAAUCCCGACGACAACUACCUGUCCGCUGGCGAGAUGCCGCUGCCUGCACUCUACUUCAUGAUGGCCCUCCUCUUCUUCCUCUCCGCUUGCUUCUGGUUCUUCCUCCUCAAGAAGAGCAAGGAUCCCGUCUUCAAGAUCCACUACCUGAUGGGCGUCCUGGUCAUCAUCAAGUCGUUCAGCCUGCUCUUCCAUGGCGUCAACUACCACUUCAUCCAGACGAGGGGCGUCCACAUGGAGGCCUGGGCUGUCAUGUUCUACAUCAUGCACUUGCUGAAGGGUGCUCUGCUGUUCACCGUUCUGGCUCUCAUUGGUUCCGGCUGGGCCUUCAUCAAGCACGUUCUUUCCAGCAAAGAGAGGAAAAUCUUCAUGAUCAUCAUCCCCCUGCAGAUCAUUGCCAACGUUGCCACCAUCAUCGUUGAGGAGACGGAGGAGGCCAGCCAGGAGCACGCUACGUGGGUGGAGCUGCUGUUCGUCUUGGACUUCCUUUGCUGUGGAGCCAUCUUGCUGCCUGUAGUCUGGUCCAUCCGUCACUUGCAGGAGGCCUCACAGAGCGACGGAAAGGCUGCCAUCAACCUCAAGAAGCUGAAACUCUUCCGUCACUUCUACAUUAUGAUCGUCUGCUACAUCUACUUCACAAGGAUAAUUGUCUAUUUGCUGAGGAUGACAGUGCCCUUCCAGUACGAGUGGCUGGACGACAUGUUCCGCGAGAUGGCAACUUACGUGUUCUUUGUGAUGACGGGCUACAAAUUCCGUCCAGCCGUCAACAACCCUUACUUCAGGGUGACCACCGACGACGAGGAUAUGGACGAAGUGCUGACAACAACAGGCCUGACAGAAGGUGUGACCCGCGUCAACCAGCACAACAAGGAUACGUCCAAGAGCAAGGACCACCUGGAGGUUGAGGUGUACGAGGACGACGAGGAAGUGAAUCUUCUCAACACACAGGAGUCGUCCCAUGCCUUUGACUAGCGCCCCGUCAGAGCAGGGGUCUUGGGGCUCCCAGGCUCUGGAAUUUAGAUCUCCGAGGUCCUCUUUCGCUUGUCUCGAGCACGCUGAUACCCAAGGGGGAGAACUGACUUUGUCGGCCGUGCAAUUUUAGAUAUCUCUCAAAGGAUAUUUUUAUGUAAUAUCUACUCACAUCUGUAUACAUGUAUUUGUGUGUAUGUGCAUAUGGGUAUGCAUUGGGUCAAGUAGCUGUGUAUGUAUUUGUGUAUUUAUGAUAUAUGCAUGUAUAUGCAGUGCUAGCAUUCAGUACAUGUAUACAUUUAUUUCUGUGUCUCAGGGGUAGAUUUGCACUUGGUGGCUUUUGGAGAAUAUGCAGUGGCAAAAUCUUCUUUAUUUCCUGUUUCCUUGGAAUAACAAAUUUUGAGAUAGGAAAGUGAACAGUAAGAGAUGGACGUAAUUUGAAUAUGUAAGACUGUAUAUCAAGAUUUGAACUUGCAAUAUGCAUUCUCAUGAUUUUUAUCAUAAUAUGUAUAUAUCUAUUGCUUAUGAAUACAUUUCACAGUAAGAGAACAUUCUUAUUCUUUAAUGCAAAUUGAAGGAUUGAUUAAUAAAGCAGAUUUCUGGUAAACAAAAUGCGUUAAUUGGUACAGUAAUUCAACUACUAUCCACAAGACAGAGCCUAUCUGUAUCGCCCUUUUUAUUCCUGUGAAGCCUCUCCGUGCGCAGAAUGGUUGGAAUUCUCUCCUGAAGUUAAAGUUCUUCCCUCCGUCUUUCCGUUUGUGUCUUGCGUGCUGCAUGGCCCAAGGAGGGUAAUGCUCGGACCAUCUUAUGCAGAUUCGUAAAGGACAGACAAGUGAGAGCAAGUCACCAAGUGUGCUUCCCUGGACAUUAUUAUUAUUAUUUUUAUUAUUAUUAUUUUUAUUAUUUUUCUUAAUAAUUACUUUCUUGUAUCUAUCCAAAGUAAGAAGUUCCUUGUCAUCUGUUGGAAUUUUCCAAAAGCAGUGCUUGAGAAAUGACAGUGUUAUGCCUUUCAUGCAAGGAAUUAUUGAUUUGAGAAUUUUUUAUUUAUUUAUUUAUUUAUUUUUUUUAGUCCUUACACUGUCAGAACGAGAAGAGAAAUAACCUCCAGAAAGUCAUAACUGAUGUGCAGAUUCUUUUAAAUUUGUAUUCCUGUCACAGCCAUGAGAAUGUAUGAUAAUUUUGAGUAUAAAAGAAAUUGCUGUCAGUUGCCUCGUAUUCUUUAGUGAGUUGGUUAUUUUUAUUCCUGUGUCGAUGAUUUAGGACAGUAUACCCUGUGUUUGCUCGGAGUAUAUAUGUAAGUUUGCAAGCCCGUGUUGAUUAUUGCGAAUGCGAGACAUAUUGGAGAACCUUGCAGAACAAUUAUUUUGCUAUAAGAUAAUAUGUACCAGGGAGAUCUUUAGGAUUCUCUAUAUUUCCAUGAUGAAAAAUGAUAAUAAUAAGACUACAGUAAAAGGAUCUUAAUGAUAUUAACCAAUGUUUUAACAAAGGUUUUAAAUAGUCUGUGCAGGGUUAUUCACUUCGAUGGAGCCUUCCUGAAGGAGCGGAAAGUUGUGUAAUAAAAGAAGUGAUUAAAGGACAGAAUUCUGUAACCACCAAAGGACUAAUACAGAGAGAGAGAUUUAUUGGGAUUGUGCAACAAACCUCAUCCAUUUUACAGUGUGGCAUAGGUUCAAGUUACUGCAAAUUUCCGAAUUACUUUGUGUUGAUAUUCAAGCAAUAAAAUUAUGGCUUUUUUUGAAAAUUUAGAACUGAAUACUAGACAGUAAGUGAGAUUAACCACUAAAAUUAUAGAUGUAAGUGAAGCAUAGAAUCCAUCCUUUUAGUGGAACUAUUUAUAUCCUUUCAUUGGUCUUUCAUCAUUGAUAUUUUUGUUAUUAAUCUUUUCUCCCCUUAUACCUAGAAAUCAGACAAAAGUGAGAAUGAAUUAAUUUACUUUCCCUUCUUUUCUUUUCUUUUCUUUUCUUUUUUUGCCUUUCUCUUUUCUCUUUUUCUUUUAUUUAGUUUCUUUUCACCUUAAUUUUGUUGUGUACUCUAAUCACUAUUAGCUUUAAUGAAUGCAGAGGAUGGAGGUUGAAUAGUUCUUAGUGACUCUGCUGUGUGGUGUUUUAAAAGACUCUUGUUUACUGUAUUUAUGUAUAUUUUGGGAUUUUGUUUGUAUAAUUACAGGAUAAUGAACACUC